UUUGUAUAAUCAAACGUUGUAAUUACCCUGUGCAUUCAGAUUAUGAGUUCUAUACAAACAUGUAUCUCUGGGGCAAGCAUAAAUUGUAGAGAUAAUAAGAAUAAGCUGCAAGGCAGUAUGUACUUUGCAGAUAGUUCAUACUUUGCAGUUUACUUUUCCAACAUCAGAUUGUUGGGGUAACUAAGCUGUUUUGUUAGAUCCAUGUUUCUCUGAAGCCACACUUCCUUAAAAACUGGCCUUAAAGUUAAGAACUUAGUGCAGUGAAAGGCAUGCAGGGGUCUGCCACAGGAAGGCAGGACUUUMCCCCUGCAGAGGUGGCAGGUAAAAUAGCUACUUUUCCCUCUCUGCCUCUCCAGAUUGCAGUUCCAGAAUCCAGGAAAAAUGAUUGGAUGAUUCCUUGAAUAGAUUGUGUCAUGUAUCAGGUGUAUAGACAUUGUUGGUGUUCGAAGUGCUUUAGCAGUGGAACUUGUAGAGGUUCUUCUGCUGUUAACUGUAUUUUUGUGUAUGUUGUUCCAGGAGCCAAUUGAAUUUUCUCGUUGUAUUGGCCUUAGAUAACAGUGAUUUAAAGGGACCUUUUAGACUGGGUUCUCUGAAGUGCCCUUCUUUUGGAGCGUAUGGUACUGAAAUGUCUUGCUUGAAGCAUAUCUAGCCUCUUUUUGCAAUGGUCUUAUGAACGGCAGCAGUGUGUGGAAUGAAAGCAUUAAACUGACAUUUCUAGAAAAUGAACAUAACGUGUGCCAUACUUUGGGAAUAUUUGUUGGCCUCUCUCAAGGUUUAAUAAGUUGUGACAGUUAAUUCACUGUAUUCCAGUAGUCCUUGCAAGCUGUUCAUUUCAAAAAUAAAACAAUAAAUUCCAGGAAUCAAAGUUUCCAAGCAACCAAACCCAGCAAACAAAACUAUUGUACAUGAUAUUUUCAUCUUUGUUGCCUGGGAAUCCUGUCGCUGCUCCACGCCUUGCUCCAAACACUUGCUAGAAGCACAAAAUGGUUCUCGCAGCUCUUGCUGUUUAGGAAAGAUCAAGUCAUAGACACAUUGAUCAGAGAGUUACAACUCCUGAGUGGCCGAGGUAGCCAUGAGUAGUCGAGAGGUGGUCAUUCUGAGCGUGGGAGGUGUGAGAUUUGUAACCCGGGCGUCUACCUUGCAGCAGUUUCCUGAGUCCAGACUGGCACGGAUGUUGAAUGAUGAGGACCGUGAAUUUAAACUGGUGAGUGGAGAGUUUUUUGUAGACAGAGACGGAGCUUUGUUUAGUUACAUCUUGGACUUCUUGAGAACUCUCCAGGUCUCCUUACYGACUGAUUUCACAGAUUAUCAGAGACUGCAGAGAGAAGCAGAAUUCUAUGGACUCUGCCACUUGGCUGACCUCCUGAACCAGGAACAUUUGCUGAAGCCGAGGCUGGAGAUCUUGGAAGUGUGUUUUUCUCUUCAAGAAAUGCAGGCCUUUUUCAGGAUCUUUUGUUCCUGCAGUACCACCAUUGAGUCACUAGCUGAGCAKAUCAUUGUGUUUACAGGGCAACAGUCAGGACAGGGCUGGAACAGCCCUUUUCCUUCUCAGACACCGCUCAUUCCGCUUCCUUUGGAAAGACCUUCUCAUCACGACAUGUUUUUUCAGUGUGGUACUGAGUAUUCUGCUGGUGACCAGUUUGUGGCCAGGUAUGUUUCCAUAAAACCUGAUAAUAGAAAGCUGAUUAAUGGUACUAAUGUGCUAGGCUUGCUGCUUGACACUUUACUCAGAGAUGGAUUUCGCCUUAUAAGCACCAGGACAGUCGCCAGUGAAGAGAAGGUUGAAUGCUACAGUUUUGAGAGGAUGAAGAGGGCAGCUGGCAUUACCAUCAUGGUGAACCAAACCCCAGGGACAUCUGGGGUAGCACAGGCAAAGAGAAGCCAAGUGCAGAAAGGGAAAUGAAGGCUUUUUCUUUCAUCUUUUGAAGGUGGAAAAGGGAUGUGUCAGCACUAGUGGCCWUUUUUUUUUUUAAUUGGCUUGUUUGAAACUGCAACUAUUGAGGGAAGUAACAAACUCAUUCUCUUUCAAGUAUUUGGGGAUGGGGGAAAGUUGCUUUCCUGCCUCUUACCAUUCCACCCUCUUUCACUCUAAAUAAAGGUACUCCAGAUUCAA